UGUGGUUCAUCUUCUUCUCCUUCUCCCCCACUCUCUGCAACACCCCGCUUCUCUGAAUCCCUUUCUGUUAAUCAUCUGUCUUUCAAACUAAGAUUUUUGGGUUUGUCUUUUAACCCACCAAGAAACGAGAUCCAGGUUUUAGUGUCAAAAUUCGCUAGUCAAAAUUCAGAAACGCGAUCCAGGUUUUACAACAGCACAGAGUUUCAGCUUCCCUCAGAUUCGUUCAGGGUGAACUAAUGGACGUUCUUGAACCUUUUAUGAAGAGUCCUUCCUCAACCCCUUCCUUUUCUUCCUCACCUUCAAACUCCUCUUUUCCUUCUACUUCUUACUCUCCUUCUCCCAUCUACUUCCCCUCUUCAUCCUCCUUCCCUGUUAUGUACUCAAACAACUGCUCUGCAUCGAUGACCCAUCGUUUAACCUUCUUGGACGCCAGCCUCAUAGCCGUUUACGCCCGCUUUGGCUUUCUCUCUGACGCUCGCAAAGUGUUUGCUGCAAUCCCAGUUGAGGGACUCCAUCAUCUUCUUUUGUGGAAUUCCAUUAUCAGAGCCAAUGUCUCUCAUGGCUACCAUCAACACGCGCUUCGACUUUAUCUUGAAAUGCGAAACCUUGGAAUUUUUCCCGACGGCUUCACUCUUCCCUUGAUAAUACGGGCCUGCUCGUCUCUGGCUGUUUCUGAUCUCUGCAGGAUUGUCCAUUGUCAUGCUUUGCAGCUGGGUUUUCAGAAUCAUCUUCACGUCGUAAAUGAACUCGUGGGUAAGUAUGGGAAGCACGAGCGAAUGGAGGAUUCUCGCCAACUGUUUGAUGGAAUGUCUGUUAGAAGCCUAGUCUCGUGGAAUACUAUGGUUUCGGGUUAUGCUUUCAACUGUGAUUCUAUUGGUGCUUCUGCUAUUUUUAAAAGGAUGGAGUUGGAAGGGUGA